AUGUCGGCUCUUAAUGAUUCGAAACGUUCAUUAAAUUCAUCGUCGAAUUCGGAUACAUCGCCGAUGAAAAAGAAGGCCAAAAUUGCAUUAAAACGAAAUGUGACAAAUUCAUCGUCGUCCAGUGAUGAUAUCGAUAUUCCAGUGACUUCGACAAAUCGCGCAAAUACUUCUACUGUUACCAAAGUUCCAGCAGCGUCUACAGCUGCAGUAAAACCUGCUCAGAUAUCUCCACCAGUAUCUACUCAACCAGCAGCAUCAGCAACUCGUAUUCAAAUUCAACGUUCGUCAUCAUCUUCUAAUGAAGAUUCCAAUGGUAGUGAUGAAAUUCUCACAACACGUACUCGAAAACGUCGAAAGAAGCCUGCAUCCAGUGAACGUACGAAUAUUUUGAAACAAAUGAAACGGAAAACUGAAGAAAAGAAAAAUACCGUUGUCACAGAAACGAUAGCUCUAACCAUUCCCGAUAAGAAUAACAAUACCAGUCAUAGUGAAAAUGGAAAAGCUCGCAAUGGUGCAAAGAAAUGUUCGUUUCAAUUCAGCGACGAUGAAGACGAUGACAAUACCAACCAUACUGAACUGAGUCAUACUAAAAACGCCAAUGACGAUGAUGGUGAGACGACUGAAAGUUAUGAAGUCGAAAACGAUAACGAAGACGAUCGUGUAAAUAAAAAUGGAAAUAUCAAAAUUGAAUAUGACGAUGAAAAUGACGACGAAGAAGAGGAAGAUGAUUCUCCAUCGAAACGUAAAAGUGGUCGAAAGAACAUUCGAAAGAUCAUUGAUGAUAAAGAAUUAGAUACUCAAACCAAACAAGCUGUAGAAGCUGAAUUAGAACGUCGUAAACGUAUUGCUGAAAAACAACGAGAAUACAAUGAGAUUUUAAUCGAAAACUCAAGCAAUACUGUCAGCAAAGACAAUGAUCAAGUAAAUAAUUCCAAUCGUCGACUAAUUCUUGAAUUAGAUCAAAACACGAACGAACCCCUAAUUGAAGUUUCACCGAAAUUGGUUCAACACUUAAAACCACAUCAAUGUGAUGGAAUCAGAUUUCUUUGGAAUAAUGUUUUUGAAUCAAUUGAUGCAAUACAAAAUAAAAAACAUAAUGGAAGUGGCUGCAUUCUUGCCCAUUGUAUGGGUUUAGGGAAAACUUUACAAGUUAUCAGUUUCAUUCAUACAAUGUUGAAUUAUGAUCAGAUAACUAAUGUCAAAACAUGUCUCGUUCUGUGUCCAAUCAAUGCGGCUUUGAACUGGUCCAAUGAAUUCGAAUCUUGGUUAAAUGAUGUUGAACCACCUGUCGACCAUUAUCAAUUAACAACUAUUAAGUCAAAUCUACGUGUUACACAUUUGAACUAUUGGUACGAACACGGCGGUGUUAUGAUUAUGGGCUAUGAAAUGUAUCGCCGUCUGGCCAAUGGUUUCGGUUUGAAAAAUAAAAAGAUCAAAGCACAAGCUUACAAAUGUUUGGUAGAUCCAGGGCCCGAUGUUAUUGUCGCUGAUGAAGGACAUAUUUUAAAAAAUGCGCAAACAGCUCUGGCAAAAUGUUUAACAAAGAUCAAAACAUCUCGUCGUAUCGUCCUAACAGGCACACCGUUACAGAACAAUCUUAUCGAAUACUAUUGUAUGGUUUCCUUUAUAAAACCGAAUUUGCUUGGUAGUCAACAGGAAUACAUCAAUCGUUUCGUGAAUCCAAUUCAAAAUGGUCAACACCGGGAUUCGAAUGAAGACGAUGUGCGUUUAAUGAAACGACGUGCAUGUGUUUUACACGAACUGUUAACAGGUUUUAUCGAUCGAAAAGAUUAUUCCUUAUUAAAAGAGUAUUUGCCGCCAAAAUUCGAGUAUAUUAUCAAUAUACGCUUAAGUGAUUUACAAACGAAUCUCUAUGAUUUAUAUCUGAAAUAUCAGCAACAACAACAGCAGCAGAAUGCUUUGACAAUGAAGAAAGAUUUCAAAUCAGCGAAACUAUUCGCUGAUUAUCAGUAUUUACAGAAGAUUUGGACACAUCCAUUUUUACUCUAUCCACAUUUUGUUGAUCACUGGAAAAAGCGAAUGAAUCGAGAUGAAGAUGACAUGAUCGAUGAUGAAGAUUUAGAAGCUAUGUUUACUGAUGAAGAUGAAGAAAUGGUAGAAAUGAAGAAGAAGAAAACACAGAAAAAAAAGAAGGAAUCACAGAAAAAUUUUAGUGGCUUUUUAAUUGAUAAUGUCGGUGAUGAAGAUGACAAAGCAGCAGAAACAACGAAAAAAUCCAAACGGACAGUUUCCAAAUCAUCCAAUGGCUCAUCGAAACAUGACGAUGAAGAGGAAGACGAUGAUGAUGAUGAUGACGAUGAUGACGAAGUUAUGCCCGAAAUGGAGUUCGAUUCGAAAUCCAAUGCAAGUGAUGAUGAUAAUAAAGUCGAAAUCGUGAAAAACUAUCGAACACGAAGUCGAACGGCAGCGAACAAGGAAAAACAACAAAUGUUAAAAGCAUCCAAUGGAAUAAAUCUGAAUUCUGAUAUCUUCGAUACUGGUAAUAACAAUGUUCGAUUGAAUGAAUCAACAGACGAUGAUCCACAAGAGAAUUCGGAUGAGCCAUGGUCGAAUGAAAUGCGCGAACAAUUCUGGUUUCCAUUCUUGGACAUGUUACCCGAUGCAAGUGAAUUUGAUACGGAAUUAAGCGGCAAGUUCUUCCUCCUGAAAUCCAUUCUCGACAAAUGCGCUGAAAUCGGUGAUAAGAUUCUUGUUUUCUCACGUAGUUUAUACACAUUAAAUUAUAUCGAACGAUUUUUAUAUCAUCUACACACACAAAAUCAACAAGAAUAUAAGAAGAAGUGUGAAGCGAGAAGACAACUACGUCAGAUUCUUUCUACAAAUGAUCAUUUGAAUGAAUACAUUCCACAACCAACGGAAUGGAUCCGAGACCAGGAUUAUUUUCGUAUGGAUGGUCAAACCGAUGUAAUGACAAGAAAACGUUACGCAAAAGCAUUUAAUGAUGAAUCGGAUCUACGAGCACGAUUAUUUCUGAUUUCGACAUUAGCCGGUGGUAUUGGAAUUAAUUUAGUCGGAAGUAAUCGAGUGAUCGUGUUCGAUGCAAGUUGGAAUCCAAGUCAUGAUACUCAAGCAAUAUUUCGAUCGUAUCGGUUCGGACAGAAGAAGCCGGUUUAUAUCUAUCGAUUUUUGGCACAGGGAACUAUGGAAGAAAAGAUCUAUCAACGGCAGGUGGUUAAACAAUCUUUAUCUCAACGGGUUAUCGAUGACCACCAAUUAGAUCGUCAUUUUACCGAAAAUGAUAUCAAAGAAUUGUAUAAAUUUACUCCUGAACAACUACCAGAACAACGUUCCAUCUCGAACACAGAUUUUAAUUAUGCUGUUCCAAAAGAUCACCUAUUGCUCGAUUUAUUAUAUGAACACAAUCAAUGGAUACAUUCAUAUCAUUCUCAUGACUCGUUAUUAGAAAACAAGCUCGAUGAAGGUCUUAGUGACGACGAACGACGAAAAGCAUUGGAAGAGUAUGAAAAUCUCAAACGUCUACCGGAUGCUCGUCAAUUGACUGCGCAGCGUUUACAACAACAGCAGCAGCAAUUAACAUCGUCAGCAAUGCUUCAGCUUCCUCAACUUCAACAAAUGUACAUUGACUUGUUUCGAUCGAUGUCAGCCGAGGAUCAACAAUCCUUGGAUUAUACGAAAAUGCUCCAGUAUGCUUAUGAACUUGGUUUAGCACCGGAAAAGAAUUCCUCGUUGAAACCCACAACAGAUUCGAACGAAGUCGUCCUUUUAGAAAGUGAUGAUGAACAAACUGAUAAUGCUCAAUGA